AGAGAGUGGAGCUGGCUGAAGGGAGGAAGGCGCCUGAGGGGAAGAAGUGAUGGGAUGCCCCCUUAUAGACCUUUUCCUUCUGCUGCUGUCUGGGGUGCUCUCAGGAGGGAUUGAUUUGAUGGUGCAGCAGGAGCCUCCAGCCCAGGAGUUGGCCCCGGGGGACAAGGUGAACAUGACAUGCAAUGUAACCUGGACCGAAGGGAUGCUGUUCCGAGUGGAGUGGAGGAAGGAUAAUGAGACACUGCACAAGGGCCCACUGCCUAGGUGGAAUUCCAGCAAUGUUACAUGGGGGUACAAAGACCAGUUUGUCCGGAUCUGGAAAAAUAUCAUCAUCCUGAGUCUGGAUGAUGUGAAGGCUAAGGACAGCGGGUGCUAUGUGUGCCACGUGACAAUGGAAAUCCCAGGGUUUAAGACAGCUAAAGGCAACGGGACAUAUCUCACGGUCUCAGGUAUGAGGGAAGAGCCAGGAAGGGAGUGUAGAGGAGGAGUGCAGGAUCAUUUUGACAAUCCAGGGAUGGUCAUGACGACGCCCUGUGAUGUCCCCAGCUUUUCCAUGUGCCAGCCCAUGGCACCCGCCUACACAUAUCCCAGCUCUCUGCAGCUCAAUGGGCCUGAGGCAGUGUUGGCUCUGGCCUGGCCCCUGGGCAAAGACCCAACACUGACAGCUGCUGUACCCCCUCGUGGAUCUCUCCCUUACUGCACUGGGGGGAGGGGAAUUUAUGCUGGGGUGCCCUCCCCCAUUCCCUGGAGGAGCAUCCCUGGAAAAACUGUAGGGGAUAGAGGUUUAAUUCUGAGCUCUACACACACAUACAUGCACCUUGGAUGGCUGAACAUACUGGGACUCCCCACAGACAAUUCUUUCAAAGGCAUUUCCAAAAACAAAGGCUUUCCAGAUUAUGUCUUAUGGCUGCUGGUGGCGAGUGCCAUGGCGGGCUCUGGGGCUGUGUUGGGAAGAAUAAUCUGGUGCUUCCAUAGCAGAAACAGAGACUCUGGCAACCACGUUUAUGGCAAUGUUCUCUACUACCACCAGAAGGUUGGGGCCAUGCCAGGCAAGGACAAGAUUCUGGCAUGUGCACUCGAGAGGAAAAGAGGAGAGAGCAUCUACUCCACUAGUUUCCCCAAGCCCCCACCCCAAAGGGCCCCUGAAGCCCUCCCAACAUCCCCCAGCCUGUAGCCUGCUAGUUCUCAGCCAGUAAAAACAAAAAUUCACCUUUAG